GCUACUGCAAUGAUGACAUUGAUGAUGGUUGAGGCUACUACACUGAAAUUCUGCAGAACGAGACUGUAAUACCUUCAACAUGCUAUGGUCUGGGGCUUUUGUCAUGCCGACACUGGAUUUCCAUCAACAAACUCCUAACGGCGCCAUGUGCCGUGGCACUCAAGAAACUCGCUUCGAGUUACUACCGACCAGAUGUUGUGUCAUGUUGCCAGACUGUGUAAUUGUCAGAGAAUCCGACACGGUCUUGUGUCCUCCAGUCUGGUCCUUCGUAAUACGCAGUACAACGUACGGUUUUGACACACGACGGUCAGUCAUUGUGGAAUGGUGGAUCGCAAAUCCAAACCGUUUCCAACCGACGACCAUGUCCGCGGCCAAACUAAUAGAAAAAAAGGGCCGUCUUCCUCCAUCAACAACGCAAAGCAGUAAUGUAAUGGCUCCAUCUCAUCAUAGAAGGCCGGCCGCCAAAACACCGUCCAUGUCAUGGUAUCCUGCCCGCGCUGCAGACGUGGUCUUUGGGCAGACUUGCCGUUGUAAUGCAUCUGAAGAACAUCUUCCCACUGAACAGUUGAACUUUUCCCAUUGCCUCUGAACGUGAGAAGCCAGCAAGCGACUACCACUUGCUUGGCAAAAACGUAGCUUUACCGAGCGUGGGCGGUGGUGCACUCGCAGUACCGGUCAGCACCGUUGCCGGGCAAUUGUAAAGAUGGUGGCAUGACGGUGAUCUCACUGUCGGUCAAACCGCCGGGUCGCUAUUCCCGCGUACGUACUGCGUAGAGUGCCAGAU